AUGUGGAUUGCGGUUCAGACUGGCGUUGUUUUAUCGAUAUUAAUAAUAUUUAUUCAAAUUGCCGCCGUCAAAUCCGGUGAGAAUGCGGUGACGAAAAGCGCCGAGGUUCUACUCAAUAAAACCGAUGUGCUCGGUGAAACCAUCGACGCAAAUGCGACGAGUCUUGAACAGCACGGAGCCGCAAUCGUCGGCAACGAGAAGGAGGAAAAGAAGCGGUCAAUGGCGAUUUUUUUCAUUCUUCUUGUGAUUGUGCUUGCAACACUCGUCGUCCACAUGCUAAUCGUAUCCAAGAUACAUUAUAUUCCCGAAAGUCUCGCCGUUGUCAUACUAGGAGCUUUAAUUGGACUAAUACUAACAUACUCGAAGCGAGAUUGGAGCGAAAUUGAGGCUUUAAGCCCGGAUGUAUUUUUUCUUGUAUUAUUGCCACCAAUUAUCUUCGAAAACGCCUACAAUUUGAAUAAGGGCUACUUUUUCUCGAAUUUCGUCCCGAUUUUGACGUUUGCCAUAAUGGGCACCGCAAUUUCAGCGGGGGUCAUCGGCGCAGGACUCUACUUUUUGGGAACGGUUUGCAUUGGUUUCAUCUACGAGUUUUCGUUUUUCGAGUGCUUCGCGUUUGCCUCGAUGAUCUCCGCGGUGGAUCCUGUCGCGACGUUGGCCAUCUUCCAGGCGGUCAAGGUUGAGAGCCUCCUCUACAUGCUCGUCUUCGGCGAAUCGAUGCUCAACGACGCCGUCUCGAUUGUGCUCGCCGCGACGGCGAUCCGACAUUCGAAGCCGCCGCUCAACUCGAUGCCGGCCUCUGAGAUUCUCGCCAGCGCGUUCACCACAUUCGCCGCCAUGUUCAUACUGUCCGCGUUGCUCGGAAUCGCCAUUGGUCUUUUCAGCGCACUGCUCUUCAAACAUGUCGAUCUUCGAAAAACGCCGUCGUUGGAGUUUGCCCUUCUCCUCAUUUGCUCCUACAUUCCCUAUGGAUCGGCAGAAGCGAUGAAUUUAUCAGGAAUCAUGGCGAUUUUAUUCUGCGGCAUCACCAUGUCUCAAUACACGCGGCAUAAUGUGAGCCCGAUUGCUCAGAUCACGUUCGGCCACACAUUUCGGACGAUUUCUUUUGUUUCUGAAACUUCAACGUUCGCUUAUAUUGGAAUGGCGUUUUUCACAAUCAAACUCAAUUUUAUGCCGUGGCUCGUUUUUUGGAGCAUUGUGCUCUGUUUGCUCGGAAGAGCCCUUAAUGUGUUCCCGCUGUCAUAUUUGGUGAAUCAAUUUCGAAAAGAUGUGCAAAUUUCAAUGAAAAAUCAGAUAAUUAUGUGGUUUAGCGGCAUGCGCGGAGCUGUGUGCUUUGCCCUUGUUCUUUAUAUGGAUGUGGAUAAAGAGAAGAAGUCGAUUCUGCUCACGACAACAUUGUUUCUGAUUCUGUUCACCACCAUCUUCCUUGGCGGAUCCACCCUUCCUUUCAUUUCAUUCAUCAAUCGAUGCUAUCCGAACGAGAGGAGCCGAAAGCGGCGGAGAACGCUGAGGAAAGGACCAUCGAAUAAUUCGAGCUCAUCGUCGUUAAUGAUGAGCAAAACUCAGGAGAUGUCAUUCUUCGGCUCGGACGAUUGGGGUCCGAAAAAGAGCGCGCUGGAGGCGACGACGGCCGCCGGCCGAAUAAUGCGCUCGUUGUUCGUCCGCAAAUUCACGGCCGUCGAGCGAAUGGAGCAUCGGGAUCGUCUCGCGCAGUUGACGAAACGCGCGUUGGCCAACGAGCAGCUCACCGACAGCGACGACGAGUGUCUCGAAUUGGGUCGCGCCGGAAACCGCGACGACGUCCGCAACCGGUCAGGCUCAAAUAGCAACACCAGCGACGUGGUGAUUGUGGCGAGCGGGCACGAGCAUCUGCUCAUCAGCUCAUCGGAAUCGAGCGAAUAA